CCCGCAAUGAGGAUCUUGUGUGUGUGCCCAGAGGAUGUGGCUCUGCAGAAGGCGGCAUGUGGGUACCUUGCCUGUCUCUCACCCUAAUCUAAUAGAUGUACGGGGCCCUCUCUAAGCCCAGUCUGUCUCUCCCAAGCAGUUCUGUCUCUUUCUGUAGUAAAUCUCUGUGUCUCUCUCCCUUGAACACGCCUGUCUGGGCUGCUCCCUCCCCCCUCCUGUCUCUCUCUCUCCACCCUGCAGUCACAUCCUGCAGUCUCUGCCUCUCCAUCUGCUGUCUUGUGGGCUCUCUUCCUGCUGGGAAUUACAGCGAUCUGUACGGAAUCUCUCCGGCCCCGGCCCGUGUGAGCUGUCAUUGCCCCUGAGCCAGGAUUGUACAUCGGGCUAUCUCUCCGCUGCUGCCUCACGUCACCGGAUUUAUCAACCUGACUGGCGAUUUCCUAGCUAAUUUCUGCCGAUUUUCAGCUCCAAGGCCUAAAUGUGACUGUCCCGGGUUUCUGUACGUGUCCUUUCUGGAUCUGUAGCUGGAACUGUGUCUUGGACCUUCAUGCCGAGUCUUGGGCACUGAGCUGUCUCUUGCGGUCUCUGGAUGUCUCUCACUGUUGUCAGAAGGCCUGAAAUCGCCGGGGGCCGAGAUAAGGGUGUCCCCCAUCUAACAAGGGACUGCCUGCGCUCCUUCUGAUGGGACACGGAGUGCCGCCAUGUCCGAGGUGGGGGGUGGCGGCGGGCGGCGCCGCCUGCUGGACGAAGAGUUCACGCUGCAGGUAUAUCCUGGCAGCAUUGCACAAGAGGUCAUUUACUGGCCGGUUCCCGCCCGCCGGCACACAACAGCUGCAGAUGUCAUCGACACCCUUAUUACAGCACUGCGUUUGGACCGGGCUAAAUGCUAUGUGUUGGCGGAGGUCAAAGAGUUUGGGGGAGAAGAAUGGAUUCUUAACCCUUCUGACUGUCCUGUUCAGCGCAUGAUGCUGUGGCCUAGGCUGGCAUUAGAGGCCAGAGGAUCUGGGGAAGACUACCGAUUCCUUUUGAGAGAGAAGAACAUGGAUGGCUCCAUCCACUAUGGGAGCCUUCAGUCUUGGUUGCGAGUGACAGAGGAGCGCAGGCACAUGGUGGAAAGAGGUUUUCUUCCCCAGCAGCAGGGACCAGAGUGUGAGGAUCUUUGUGGUCUACCAGAUCUUAGUGAGAGGGCAUUGCUUGAAACACUCCGAACACGUUUCCGCCAGGAAAAAAUAUAUACUUAUGUGGGGACCAUCUUGGUGGCUGUGAACCCAUUCCGCUUUCUGCCCAUAUACAACCCCAAGUAUGUGAAAAUGUAUGACAACAGAAGGCUGGGGGAUCGAGAACCUCACAUCUAUGCAGUAGCUGAUGCUGCUUACCAUGCUAUGCUCCGCCGACAGCGUAACCAGUGCAUUGUUAUAUCUGGGGAGACUGGCUCUGGCAAGACCCAAAGUACCAAUUUUCUUAUUCACCAUUUGACUGCACUAAGCCAGAAAGGAUAUGCAAGUGGAGUGGAGCAGAUCAUACUUGGGGCUGGGCCAGUGUUAGAGGCUUUUGGAAAUGCCAAAACAUAUCAGAACAAUAAUUCCAGCCGUUUUGGAAAAUUCAUCCAGGUCAACUAUCACGAGACAGGAACUGUGCGUGGAGCGUACGUAGAAAAAUAUCUUUUGGAAAAGUCCAGGCUGGUUUAUCAGGAGCAGCAGGAAAGGAAUUAUCAUGUCUUCUAUUAUCUUCUUGCUGGGGCGAGUGAAGAGGAGAAGGCAGAAUUCCAUUUGGAGCAUCCAGAGAGCUAUCACUACUUGAACCAGAGAACGCGAAAGCCACAAAGACAGGUCUGGGGAGAAAGUUAUGGUGAAGAUGAAACAGACUCCUUGGGAGGAGAGGGUGAGGAUCUUAGACAUGACUUUGAACGACUGCAGCUGGCAAUGGAGAUGGUUGGUUUCAUGCCAGCAACACGAAGACAGAUUGUCUCAUUACUUUCUGCUAUUCUGCAUCUUGGAAACAUCCAGUACAAAAGAAAGACGUAUCGUGAUGAGUCAAUUGAUAUCUCAAACCCUGAGACCCUCAACAUUGUGUCUGAGCUUCUAAAGGUGCGGGAGGAGAUGCUGUUGGACGCAUUGAUAACAAGAAAAACUGUCACAGUUGGAGAAAAACUAAUCCUGCCAUACCGCUUGCCAGAGGCUAUCACUGUCAGAGACUCUUUGGCUAAGUCCCUUUACAGUGCUCUCUUUGACUGGAUUGUUUUUCGUAUCAACCACGCUCUGCUUAACAUCAACAGCAAAGCCAUAGAUGAAGGGAGCCAGACUCUCUCUAUAGGGGUUCUGGAUAUCUUCGGCUUUGAAGAUUAUGGAACUAACAGCUUUGAACAAUUCUGUAUCAACUAUGCAAACGAGCGACUACAGCAUUACUUCAACCAACACCUUUUUCAGCUGGAGCAGGAGCUGUAUCGCUCAGAAGGGAUUAGCUGGAGCAAUAUUACCUACUCUGAUAAUGGUGGCUGCAUUAAUUUGAUCAGCAAGAAACCAACUGGUCUCCUCCAACUUCUAGAUGAGGAGAGCAACUUUCCUCAGGCCACUCACCAGACCCUUCUGGAGAAAUUUAAGCGUCACAACGAACGCAACCCUUACAUUGAAUUCCCAGCAGUCAUGGAACCAGCCUUUAUAAUUCAUCAUUAUGCUGGCAAAGUUAAAUAUGGGGUCAAGGAUUUCCGAGAAAAGAACACAGAUCACAUGCGCCCUGACAUUGUAGCCUUGCUGCGCAGCAGCAGAAAUGCUUUUAUCAGAGGGAUGAUCUCUAUUAGUCCUGUGGGUGCCUUCCGCUGGGCUCUGCUGAGAGCCUUCUUCCGAGCCGUGGAGGCAUUUAAGCAGAGUGGGAAGAGCAGCAGCAAAAAGACUGGCUCGGGCCCCCUCUGUACACCGGGGCCCCCCGGCUCAGCUCACAAAGGCAUUUCUAGCUUUAGCUUUCUGCAGCACCCCGUCCACCAAAGGAGCUUACAGAUCCUGCAAAGGUGUCAGACCGACCAAUACAAUAUUCCUCGUCGGACUCCUCGCACUCCCCUUUCUGACCUGCAGGGAGCAAAUACUAUCCAGGAUAGAAGCCCUAAAGAAAUGAGCUGGACUUCACGAAGGCAAAACCGUCUCUCAUCAUCUAAUUCUUACCUGGAGGGUGGUGGUAUCUUCAUAAGUUCCUCCAGCUCCAACCAGAACAACAGCACUGACAGCAAAUUGCUGGAGAGGGCCCAUGGAAUCCUCAUGAGAAACAAGAGCACAAAAAACAAACCUGCUCUACCAAAGCAUCUGCUGGAUGUGAAGUCCCUGAAGCAUCUCUCCAACCUUACCCUACACGAUCGCAUUACCAAAUCUUUAUUGCACCACCACAAGAAAAAGAAGCCUCCUAGUAUUAGUGCACAGUUUCAGACUUCCCUCAACAAACUAAUGGAAACUCUCGGGCAAGCAGAACCUUACUUUGUAAAAUGUAUCCGAUCCAAUGCAGAGAAGGUACCAAUGCGUUUUGAUGAUGCUUUGGUACUUAGACAGCUGCGUUACACAGGAAUGCUGGAAACUGUCAGAAUACGCCAGUCUGGCUACAGCUGCAAAUACCCAUUCCAGGACUUCGUAACACAGUUUUCAGUGUUGCUGCCUAAAGACAUUUCCCCUGUCCAUCAAAGUAUCAAGGAAUUCUUCUGGAGAAUAGGCCAUAGCCCCGAUCAGUACCAAGUGGGGAGAACCAUGGUGUUCUUAAAAGAGCAAGAACGCCAGUGUCUGAUGGAAAUGUUGCACCAAACAGUACUUCAGCGAAUCAUUUUGCUGCAGCGUUGGAUAAGAGCAAGACUCCAACGUAAAAGGUUCCUACUCUUCAGGGAUGCAGUAAUUACUAUCCAGAGAUGUUGGAGACAUUACAAGAGGCGAUGGAUUGGUGAGGAACCCCCGGUUCCACACACACUUAUUCCUUGUGAGGCAGCUUGUAUUAUUCAGUCAUGGUGGAGAUGUCGAAGGACACGGCUCAGGUUUCUAAAGACAAAGAACUCGGUACUUGUUAUACAAAACUGCUGGCGAGAACAUAACCUGAAGAAGCAGAGGGCUGCUGUCUCCAUCCAAUCUUGGUGGAGAGCAUCUUAUCAGAAGAGCUUGUAUCAGAGAAAGCUGAAGUGUAUUAUUGUCCUGCAAGCAGCAUCUCGAGGUUAUUUAGCCAGAUGCAGAUUUCAUUCACUUAUGGAUCAAAAAUCAAACAGUUUUGUCCAUGAACUUUCCCAAGGAGACAAGGGUUCUGAACCCAUCAGACUUACUGCUCACACUCCAGACAUGAAUUGCACACAUUUGCAGGAUUCUGCUUCUUUUGAACUUCCUGGGCAGCAACUGUUAGAUUCCUCUUGUUCAGCAGAUCUCAACACGAUACCAGUUGAAGUUCACAUAAGGGAAAGGCCAAAAUCUCUUGAGAAUCCAAAUCAGCGAACGGUUUUCCGAGCAAAGAGAGAAAGCCGGCGCUUGCGGGAGCUAGAGCAAGCUCAGUUCAGUCUUGAGUUACUAAAAGUGCGCAGUGGAGGAAUCUCUCCUUCAGAGGAGCGGCGCUGGUCAGGAGAGGUUCUGGAUAAGCUUGUUGACACUCCAGAGAGUGACAGUUCUGUUUUUAGUUUGGAACUUAUAAACCCGGAGGAAAAUUUACAGUCUCCUAAAGAUCCUCCUACACAUCCAUCAGCCUCUGAAAUAAUUCCCAGCUCUCCAACUGACACACUAGCAAGCAAUGCCACUGAGGCAUGCCAAGAUUUCCCCAUUUGUGAUAUGGCAGCCUCAAAGACUUAUGAUCCAUCAAUUUUGUCUAGGAUAGAACCUCCGUACUCUGCCACACUUGAACCACAAUGCACUCCCAGUAAUGAUCACGGAAGUCACCUUAGUAAUGAGCAUCACUACACUCCAGAAAAGCUUCCUACUUGUGGAUCCUUGAGUCCUACCCAUUCUGUUCCACACUCCAAGUUUUUACCAGGAUCCCCUAAUCAUGAUUCUGUAAACUCUUACUUUACCAAUCAUACCCAAGUAUCUUCAAGACCAGUGAAUGUCUCAUCCAAUGGACCCAUAAUUUCCAAUGUAACAGAAGAAAAUGCUUCUUUCCACCACACACCAUCUGCUGCAUCUAUAGCUGUUGAUAUUUCACAAUCUAGCUGGAGACAGAAGCCUCAAGGGUUUGAGAUAUCAGAGAGUGCCCCUGCUAAAAGCUCUCUUCCUGUUUUUAAUAGGACACACACGCGGGAGCCGCUGCUGUCAAGCAGCCUCCCUACAUUCUAUCUCCCACAACAGGAAACUGUGCGGACCCAGAAGCUCACUGAAACUGGGGAGAUCCCUACUGAAUCUGUCUUGCAGCGGCUUCAAAAGCUGAAUGAGGAGAAGGAACAACAGCAAAAACAGCUUCAACAGGAGAAGGAGCGGCAAAUGAUGGAGCAGAUUCGCCAGGAAAAACAAGAACUUGAGCGGCAACGUAGGAUUCAGGAGACACAGGAACCAGAGAAAAUUCCAUUGGGGACCUCUAAAAGAAUAUCAGAUAGGCCACAGUCUUUGCUUAUUCAGAGUUCUCAACAGAAAAGUCCCCCAACUAAGCCCACUGUGGAGAUAAAGGGACUGAGCAUUGGAGGAAAAUGUGACCCACAAGUUUCACAAAAUGACCGUCCAAUAAGCAAAACUGUAGGAGGGCAGGACCCCCCAUGUAGGGACCCUGUGGGGGAGGCAAGAGAUACAGGAAAGCGACCUUGGUUGCACACCACAGGGAAUUCCACCAUAUUUUUUAACCCUAAAGGAAAUAUUAGUAACCCAGAAAUUGGCUCCUCCCCUCCUCAGCGGUGUGCUCGUGAUCCUAUAAAACGACUGGAUGCAACAGAGCCAUCAGCAGUGACAGAAGCCCCACACAGACGGAAGGCUCGCAUGGCUCGAACUCGCUCUGAUAUCAUGACUAGAGGAGCUCUUGGGGGGGCAGAUUCUGAGGAAGAGUCAGAUGACCAAGGGGAGCUGAACCUUCCCACUAACGCAGCUGAAGAGGCAGGCAGACUGAGCCAAGCUUGUCACAGCGACUCAGAAAUGAUGUUGCAGCGGGUGCAGGGAGGAGACAAGGCCAGCAGACUGCACAAGGCUGUGUCUCAGGGAGAGAUGUUCCGUUUUCUAAUCUCACACAACACUUCAGAGUCUGACACAAGACCACAGAAAGGGAAGAUUCGCUUCUGGGGGAAGUUGAAGGCUUCAGAGAAAUUGACCACUCCGUCAGAGAUUCUGGAGAUGGAUGUAGAUCCCUCGGGAAAAGAUUGCAUGUCUUCUAUUCUUUCAAGUGAUGUGGAUUCAGGCUUAUGGCUGGUCCCUCACAGUCCGGAUCUUAGUCGAGGGCGUGAAAAGGAGAACAAGGACCCUUCCCCAAAGGUACAGCGCAGAAGAAGUCUGAAGAUUAGCAGUGCUGGACUUGAACCUGUGCAGUGGCAACAUGAGCAUGCUCAGAUCAUCUGCAGUGCAAGUGACCUAAAGUGCAUGGAUGAGUUUCUGCAAAAAAAGAUUGGUGAUUUGGACUCUGAAGAUGGGAAGAAGGAUUCUCUGGUGGAUGUUCUGUUUAAAAGAGCCCUGAAAGAAUUCCGCCAGAAUAUCUUUAGCCUUUAUUCAACCUCACUCAUGGGAGAAGAAGGCAAGAGCAUUCGUUACAGAGACCUGGGUGCACUUUUUGAGCAGAUCCUGGACAAAACAAUGAAGCAGCAGCACCCUAGGAGUUGGAGUGAGUCUCCACUCAGAGUCUGGAUAAACACAUUCAAGGUCUUCCUAGAUGAGUUUGUCACUGAAUACAAACCCUUGAAUUACACUCCAGGAAAGAUCCAAAAGACAGAACGUAAAAAGAGGAGGAAAAAGGACUCUGACAUUGUAGAAGAACAUAAUGGUCACAUAUUUAAAAUCACCCAGUACAACAUUCCAACAUACUGCGAGUACUGCUCCUCACUCAUCUGGAUCAUGGAUCGAGCUGCUGUCUGCAAAUUGUGCCGAUACGCCUGUCACAAGAAAUGCUGUUCCCUGAUCAAUGUAGCGUGCAAUAAAAAGAAUGACUCUGAGCUUUCAACUCGGCAAUUUGGAGUGGACUUGUCGCGCCUUACUAAUGAGGAGCGCCUGGUGCCUGUGUUGCUGGAGAAGCUGAUCAGUUAUAUUGAGAUGCAUGGACUGUAUACAGAGGGAAUAUAUAGGAAGCCGGGCUCUACCAAUAAAAUCCGUGAACUAAGGCAAAGUUUAGACACAGAUAUUGAAAAUGUAAAUCUGGAUGAUUAUAAUAUCCAUGUUAUUGCCAGUGUGUUCAAGCAGUGGCUAAGGGAGCUGCCCAAUCCUCUCAUGACCUUUGAACUAUAUGAAGAAUUCCUCAGAUCCAUGGGGCUGGGGGAAAGAAAAGAAACAGUUCGAGGAGUUUAUUCUGUGGUAGACCAGCUCUCCCGGACACACCUCAUAACAUUGGAGAGACUCAUCUUCCACUUGGUCAGGAUUGCACAACAAGAAGAGACCAAUCGCAUGUCUGCCAACGCGUUAGCCAUUGUGUUUGCCCCAUGUAUUCUUCGGUGUCCAGACACAACAGACCCACUGCAAAGUGUGCAGGACAUUGGAAAGACAACUGCCUGUGUUGAGCUGAUUGUGGUGGAGCAAAUGAACAAAUACAGAGCUCGUCUAAAGGAUAUAAACAGCUUGGAGUUUGCUGAGAAUAAAGCAAAGAGCCGACUAUCCCUUAUCCGCAGGUCCAUGAAACCCGUACUAAUUGCAGUUAGAUUUAUGAGCAUAAAUCGCAGCUCCCUUCCGGGGAAAGGACGUCUCCGGCCUGGACUAAGCCCAGUGAUAUCUGGACUCUCCACUGCGGCUACAGAUGCAGCAGGUGAUCACAGCUUGUCUAGCAUCCCCUCAGAGGAGGAAUCCCCAGAGCAGAAGGAGGCUGCUAUGCAACAGGAAGAGAGAAUCUUGGCCCAACAGAUUGAGACUUUACAAAAGGAAAAGGAAGAGCUGGCCUAUGAGAUGCUGGCACUGGAGCCCCGAGCUUCAGAUGACGAGACCCUGGAGUCGGAGGCAUCACUGGGAACUGCAGACAGCUCAGAAAAUCUGAAUUGUGAAUCUGAGGGGGCUGUGUCCAUCAGGACAGAUAAAAGCUUAGGACUGAGUUCUGGAAAAGGUUCUCGUUCUGAGUUAACCCGAGCCAGGAGACAGGCCAAAAGGGACAUGCAAAGCACAGAUACCAGAGAUCGCAACCUCUCCUCUCCAACGGCCUCAUCCUGCUUACCCCAACUAGGCAGAAAGAGGUUCCAUUUGCACCCUUUCUACAGAGCACAGGGGGACAGCCGAGAGUCAGCACCAGCCAGUGCUCAGGAUCCUGGUGCACCUUUACAUUUCACUAGUCGUGGGACUUUUAAUCCAGAGAAAGGACGGCAGAAACUGAAAAGUGCCAAGCAAUCCCCACAAAAACCCAGGGACACCCCAGAUGGUGGUGAGCAUAAAAUUCUGGGACCAGAUGGCAGCUCACAAUCUAUCGUUUUGUUUGGGAGCAACGAGUUUAUGGUGUGAAGAAAACUUCAAACCCUUCCCUAAGACCGCCUGCCAAACGCCAUACCCCUGUCUUGCCAAGCUCUGUGCCCUACAUCAUAGCUUUAGCCUUGUGCCUCAGUCGCGCACAGUCACAAGCUACAGAAUGCUUGGCAUGCACACCCAGCUCAAACUGAGCACCAGGAAACUUGUGUUUAACAAGCUGACUCCACUACUUUUCAUGGGAUUCUGUUACCCACCCUCUCCUAAUGCUAAUGAUUUUGUCAGAGAGGCUUUUAUUAUAAAUAUAACUAUAUUAUUAUUAUUAAUAAUAAUAAUUUUAUUUGUGGUUUGUAAGCCCUGUAUAAAUAAACCAGUCCCUUUUAAUUUAAAACAGCAUCUGCACUGUGGACGCAACGCUAUGGAAGGGUGAAGACUACAUUAAACAUUCCUCUAGGUGAGGAGAUGCAACCCCCCCCCCCCCCCCCCUUGGUUCUUUGCCCCUGAGAUGUUUCGACAGAACCCAAGGGAACUUCUGACCACUGUGUGAGCACAUUCCAGGGAUCUGUUAAUGGAUGCACACUGUACUGUCCAGGCCACACAGAGGUCCAUGCCAAGGGAUGACGAGAUAUUGGCACCCACUUUAGAGACAUAUGACUUCUAUUACAUGGACCAGAUCAGGACUCAGUGGAGCUCUGUGGGACAGAAAUAGGGAUGAAACAGCUGCCUCACUGCAUUGCCCCUUCUAGUAUCACAUUUACCCUCACAUAAGCCUGCUGAGCCUUAAAAGGGGCAGAAUCCUUCCAGACUGAAUGUAAAUGUUUUGUAUCUGGGAGAAAAAAACUAGGUGCAAAUAUUACUCCAGACUGGUGGGAGGGAAAGCUGUUGUAUGUAUGUAUUCAGUACAAUCUGUUUAAUAUUUUCAGCUGUAAAUCCCAUCUCAUUGAGAGCAAACCCAGCUUAUUAAACAACAAAAGCUGCAGAAUGUUA